GUUUGACAGGAUCUGGCAAAGAAAGACUGUACAAGUCCUUGCGAAAGAAUGGGAGAUUCCACGCCAAUAGCCCCGUUGGCUUCACUGCUGUGGAUGCCGAGGAGGACCAGGAACUGGUAAUGCCUUCUGUCGAUGAGGAUCAAGAGGAUCAAGAGGCUGCUGGGUGUGAGCUACCUGCCCAGCUGUUAGGCGCCUUGUAUGAUGCCAUCAUUGGUAGGGCCUUCAAGAAGCGCCGUAAGGACAACGGCUGCUUUGUGUGCUCGUCUGCCCUGUUCCAGAAUCACAUGGCAUGCGCUUUGUUGUCUCCUGAACUGCGGCGGUCUUGGGCGUACAAUGUGAAUGGAGAAAGGGAUCCUGGCAUCCAGCAUGUCAAUCCAAGCUCGCCUGAGGUCUUCAAUCCAGGUAACAGGUACCGAGACUACAAGACCAAACCCUGUGUGAAGCUCUUCAAGGCAAUGCUUUGUGAAAACCAAAAUACCCAAAGCAACUUGGCACCUGCGAAGGCAACAGAGGAUCUGCUCUUUCCAAAGCAAAGCAUCACCUCCAAUCAAACGCACUGGUCGACUCUCAACACAUCGAGGCCUCUUGCGCAAUGGAGAGCAACGACACCAGCUCACCUGGGCGCGGGGUUCGACCGCCUGUCCAUGGCUGUGAUUCAGAGCAUCGAAGAGUUUCGCUUCUAUGAGACCGCAGGUGUCUUGAACAUGAUCAGCACGAGGCUCCAGGCCAUCGAGGCCACCAUCAAUGAGGAGCUGAACCGAGCGGGGUCGACACUUGUCAGUCCAAGACUGUGCAUUGCCCCAAGUGGUGGGAGUGAUGGUCGCAUGACACCGAUGGGUGUUCAGGCGCUGCAAGCGGCCAACCGGGUGCUCAUGGCUAGAGCUCUAGCCGCCGAGUUUAAGGGGGUGACACUGUACCUCAUGACUGUCGGGCUAGCAUGGGCAAUGACCGACUAUGGCAUGACCAUCGGGCUUACAACAGUACAGGGCAUACAAUGCGGGGCAGAGGUGGCACCGGACCUUAUCCGCCAUGGUGUCGUCAGUCUCAACCUGCUGGCGUUGAAGCAUGACGCAUUGCAUGCAGCGGGCAUGCCAAAUUGGCAGAUUGAAGCCAUUCUGGCAGCAGGGGUAGCUCUGACAGCGGGUUCGGAGGAUAUCCUGGCCCGGUCCACGAAUCCGGCCUCAGAAGCGCGGGUGCGCACGUACCUCGCCAUAUGUCGAGCUUGGGAAGUACCUGGCUUAAGGUCCAUUCAGAGGGGCCUUGGGGAAAGCAAGUUGAAAGACGCCUUCAACGGACUUCAACUGGGCAACAUGCCCUUUUCAACCGACGAGGAGCCCUUCUCCUUCGACAAUGUUGCACACUGCAGGGACAUGGCCUUGAUCGGCCUCUGGUUCAUGCUCAGGGAAUCGGAGAUGGCAAGCGCCCGUGAAUGUGACCUUCGGCUCCGGAGGUAUGCCUUAGCAUACCAAUACACAAGACCGACCAGAGAGGACGGUUCACAGAAAGAUCGCUUGCAUGCAGCUGCACGGCCAAGAUACACGGCAUGUGCGUGUGGCGCAGCCCCGAGAGGCACCUGCUCCGCCUUGAUCUCUGGAGCUCAGAUGUUGUCCAGUUCCGGAGUUGAGCUAGCCCUCAUUCAACUCCUCGGCCGAUGGACGAGCACUGCGGUGCUCAGGUACACACAGGACAGUGCACUCGUUCGAGUGCCAUCGAUCCCCCAGCAGGUCAUCGCUGGAGGCGAUCCGCAGUGGCACAAGGUCCAGAUGCAAGUGAUGACAAUGGAGCCCAAUGCAACUCCCAGUGCGGCGGCUCCCAAGAGCCCGGCACGGGCAGCUAGGCCGAAAGCCUUCGCAGCGGCUGUCCGCAGUCUUCAAGCAGAACUGGCACAAGUGAAGCAGGCUGUACAGAAGCCACCACAAACAUUCGUGUUCAGACCCCGAGCCAAGAUCUUGCACAAAGCUUCUCCAUAUGAGGAGAACAAUGAACCCACUAGAUGGAGGACCCCGUGCGGCUGGGGUUAUGGUAGCAGGACGUUCCUGCGCACCACGAAUGAAGAGGACGGCAACAGGAGAUGCCGCAAGUGCUUCAACCUCAGUGAGGCUUCCAGCUCUGACAGCAGCGAGGACUCGUCAGGGCUUUCUGACAUAGCCGCGUCAUCGGCGGGCAGUGCUGACGACUACUGGCUGAGCAACAACGACCGUUCAGCCUUCCAACAUGGUGCUGUCUCUUGCGCCGGUGUCGCUGGGGGACAUAGCCUAGCCCGUGAUGCGGCUGCCGGACCGGCCUUGGUGGAGUAUUUGGAAAUCAGAGGCAUUCGAACGCCUGCCACCCUGGCCUUGCUGAACAAGGACGAGGACGGGUUGGAUCGAACCUUGAUACAACCCCUGUUGCAAGGGUGGCCAAGAGAAGACGGGACGAUCAUCUCGAUCCCGGACACUGACAAACCGAUUGCCAAGGCCACGCUCAUACACAUGUGGAUGAUGGCCAAACAGAGCUGGGAACAAGCACAGGUAGCUGCCCAGCCAAGACCUCCAUCGCCGCCUGCCACGGCCCCUGGUACGACCACAGCUGCAGCGGAGGACAAGAUCGCCAAGACCUUGGCGCCGGGCCGUUGGCCUUGGUUCAAGAUUACCAAUCUCAACAGAUUGGUGGAGAAGACAGGAUAUUUCCCGUCCAAGAACUCCUGGGCACAGAGAACAUCAUCGCCCGGGUACUACAUGAACAUGAGGUCAGCAAGACCUACACACCGGUCCUCCUGGGUGAAAUUGUCUCCUCCAGGGACUUUCCAAGCCAACGGAGAGCCCAACCCGCUGGCCAAACGUGACCGCAGUGUCACGAAGCUGACCCUGACCGGGGAACAGCUGGUCGCAGCACCAGAAGAGCCAUGGCAGCCCCGCAGUGUGCUCGCCAUCAUCGAUGGGCUAUCGAGCAUCAGGUGGUGCUUCGUCCUUUGCAAACCGGGAUCAGAGCAGGCUGUCCACACCUUCUUCGACUGGCUGGUCAGACUGGUGAAGAAAGUCACGGCUGCAGCCACGGCAAAGCCAGAGGCCAAAGGCUCGGGCAAGAGCAACACCAAGUCCGGUAAGAGCAGCAGGGUGUCACCCUACUCCCGGCCUACUGGACGAUGGAUGUGGGAACCCAAUGACAAGUCCGAGAAAGCAUCGGGAUCAUGGCAAGGUCACUCCAAGUAUGAGGAGAAAUCGUCAUGGAAGAAAGUGGCCUCUGUGACGCCCGACAACACGGGCUAUCCACCGCCCGAAAAGCCACCCCAGACCGGCACAGCUCAGGUGUUUCAAAAACUGAAUGAGAAAGUGAUCUUGCUAAGCUGCUUUGAUGGUAUCGGAUCGGCAGCAGUGGCUCUGCGAGACCUGCUCGACUCUAUCUCCCUGCAUAUCACAUGGGAGGUUGACGAAGAGUGUUUGAAGGUUCAGGCAGCCAGGCACACAGACGCGAUGAUGAGGGGGGAUUUCCUCAAGGACGACCCGCUUGAGGUUGCCAAAAUCAUUCGUCAACAUGAUCCUCAGGGCACAUGCUUGGUGCUGUUCGCAUCGGCUCCACCUUACCCUGACUUCUCGAGGAUCAAAGAGAACCCACCAGGCUCCGAUGGAGCAGAGGGACAGAAGUUCACGGCCUACUGCGCCUUCAUCAACCAGGUCGAGAUGAACAUCCCACACAAACGGGUGGGCCAUCUGACAGAAAAUGUGGUGAUGCAAAAAUCAGAAGCUGACUUGUUUUCCAGCAGGCUGGACUGCGAGGCAGUUGUCGCCGAUGCCCAGGACUUUGGGCUCAUCAACAGACCUAGGACAAGGUGGUUGAAUGAUGGCAGAACCUUCGCCCCAUGGCAAUACGCCCCAGAAGCCCUACUACAUGCCGAGGACGGUAUGAUGUCAGUGCCCACUCCUGAGGUGAAAGAGCAGCUACACAUGCUACCGAGUGGGUACACGUCAGUGCCAGGGGUGACAGAAAGGGUCCGUCAUCGGAUGAUGGCGAAUGGAUGGCACUUGGGCACCGCAAGGUUUCUUAUGAUGCCGGUGUUGCAGACGAUGAUGAUGACACCAGUGGCGUCACCUGUCCCCUCACCGAGGCAGACAGCCCUGCAGACGAUGCUAUCAAUCAUCCAACCUAUGCAGCCGCAACUGGGCCCCGGCCGAUGGCCGAAAGAAGCUGCAUGCGUCGCGCAGGCGGGAUCUAUGUGGGAGCACUGGAGACUGGCGCAGGAAGCAGUCCAUCCGAUGCAGAGGCCUCCAAGGUUAGAACCGGGACUGCAACAAUGCAUCGAUCUCCAACACAGGCUGGGGGGCAGCUUGAAUCGGAUGCGAGAAGAGAUUGUAGAUGAGAUCGCGCAGAUGGCAGAAGCCCAACCAGAGGCCACCACGUCUUGGUGGCAAGCCCUACCUCAUCAUAUAGCCAUGGUGUACUAUGACAAGGAGCAUGCCCAGAUCUCCCAGAUCCCGUUGCUGAUCCAACUGCUGCAGAUGGUACAGAUGCCUGGCCUGGCAGAGUUGGCCGAAGAUCUACAACAGGGUUUCCAGGUGACCGGGGCUCUACACGAGGGAGCGGGAUGGCUUCCCAGGGCAGACGGCCGUUAUGAGUUUCCGGCAAAUCAAGAAGCAUUCCGACGACACAACAAGCACUACACGCUUGCCAAGCUCUGCAGCCGCGACCUGGAUCCUGAAUGGAAGACACUCCUGGAAGAGCUCAAGAUCGAAUUGGGCAAGGGCCGCAUGUCCGGACCAUACAGUGCUCCGACUUGGUGGCCGACUCCAGCAAUCAGCGUCGAGGAGAAACCUCUCCUUCCACUUCCAGAGCAGGACAUAUGCACGAGCUUCUGCUUCAGUGUCCUGCAGACUGACAAGGUGAGGAGAUGUGAGGACUUCAGGAGGCGCAUUGGUGUCUUUUUCAGGAACAUGGCACUGGUGCCCGAUGCAUGUCCAGGAGGGAGGCUGUUGGCAACAGCCCUGGGGCACUACGUUGAUGACUUCAUUGUGGUCGAGACGGAAUCUGUCGUGCAAAGUGGGUACGAGCAGUUCACAAGAAUGAUGAGAACCUUGGGCCUACGCAUGAAGGAACGGAAGGCACUCCCACCGUGCACACAGCAAAAAGUCCUGGGCAUCAACAUGCACAUCACACAAGACAGCGUGGUUCUGUCACCACACCCAGAAAGAUGCCAGAAGGCCUGCUCCACGAUGAUGAGAGCGCUCCAGAAGAACGAGCUCUCGAACGAUGAUGCCCAUCGACUGGCAGGCAAGCUGGUCUUUUUGACCUCGACCCUCUUUGGGCAACUGGGCAGAGCAGCGCUGCAACCAUUGUAUGCACGCGCGCAUGGACUAUCCAAUGAUGACCAUCAGGGUCAGCUCAAUGCCCGCUGCGGUCAGCAUUACAGACACAUCAUCCUCUACUCCGAUGCUUACUUCGUCAUGGACGGCCAGAGACGCAUUCCAACGUGGGUCAUCGAAAAGUAUUGCACCAGAAAGGCAUGCAUAUACUUCCUGGAGGUGGCAGCCCAGUGCAUGGGCCUGCUACUGUGCAGAUCCAUGCAGUCAACGAUGGUGAUCUCCUUCAUCGACAACACAUCAGGAUUCUUUGCUCUACGCAAGGGCUACUGCAAAGUCUCCAGACAGUCCUUCACAGAGAUGCAUGAGAUUGACGCCGCAUGGACAGACCUGCAUCGCACAGCGACUGACUCUGACCACGCACACGGCACAGCCUUGCACGAUGUGCUCGCUUUGGAACCCCUCUGCUGCAAACAUCUCACACUGGAGAGGUGCACAUGGGUGUUGAAGGGCACCAGGUGUGACAUCUGUGCCAUAGGCGAACAGAGCAACUCGGAGUCGAACAAAGUCGUGCGGCAGGGUGACAGCGACACCUUCACCUAUGUGUCUGGCCACGCCAGGACUCAGGACGUGCAGCUUGUAUUGCUAUCUUCGUAUGGCUUUCGACUUGCAGCUGGAGCUUCCGAAGUGGAUGCGGUCUAUGGCCCAGUCUGCGAACAGAGCAACUCGGAGUCGAACAAAGAGAAGCUGGCAGCAAUGUUCCAAUCAGAAGGGACGUGCAGCUUGUAUUGCUAUCUUCGUAUGGCUUUCGACUUGCAGCUGGAGCUUCCGAAGUGGAUGCGGUCUAUGGCCCAGUCUGUGCCUGUCAUGGUCGUGAAG